AGUCAUCAGUAAUCGCACUAAGAGAGUGUCAAUAACGUGAUCCUAAAUUUCAGGAAAUGUCUCAAUUAUGAGACUCGAACAUUUGUGAUGGCGAAUAUGACGCUUUCAUUUCUCACGCCUCAACAUUCAAAUCAAUUCACAGAAAUAUCCAUCAGCUUAGUCUUUGCUUGUUUAACGUACAGUAGGCUAUGUCGUUUAUCCAAUUCUGCACUCAUACACCCAACUAUUGGCUAACACCUCCUCAUUGUCACUUGACUACCGCGAGGUGCAUUCAGGGACUCUCCAAACAUCACAACAAUGUCUUUACUACGUGUGUAUUUUUUUAAUCUAAACCUGUGAUUAAUCAUGAUAAUUCAUUUGAAAACUGAUUAAUUUGAUUAACAAAUGUUUAUCAUUUGACAGCCCUAUAGUAAUUAUACAUACAAUACUGUUACUCAGUAAUAGAUGGUUUUAAUUUGUUCGAUGCCGACUUAUGAGGAUUUUCCUUACCUUUUAAAUAUUGAGUGCAUAGUUGUGCAUAAUUUACUCAAAAUAUUGUAUGUAAUAAAAAGGAAUAGCUGUAUUAUUUUUUUGAUAUAACAUCUAUUACUGUAUCUGUUUGUUGAUAGAGUUUUUGUUUCAUCCUGUUUUAUUGAUCACAAAACCAUUCAACUAGCUUGAAAAUUUCAAGUAAAAUAUACUUAGUAUCGAUACCACAUUUUGCAGUAUCGGCCACCCCGGUACUUUAUGUCUUUGUCGAAUAGACUAGUGCUUUUAUUUUGAAGGUCGCAUUCGCCUCUUAAAUCCUUCCAAUGGCCUUGAGGGAUUCUAUUAUUUUUGCCAUUUAAAGUCAACAAUGAACAGAAUAGCAUAAAUAUCCUGUACUUUAAUGUAUAUAAUGUUGUGACUGUAACGGGACUUUGGAAAUACAUACAUCAAGAAAUCCACACCAAGUGAAGCGAUGUGUUUAGAUUAUGUAAGAUGUCACCUGUCGAGAUGAGCCUCCGUAUAUUCCACUCGAGCAGGUGUCGUAACACAACAUUGUGUCUUAAAAAAACACACACACGAAACACAAAGUCAUUACCUGUUCGUCAGUACAGGAGUUCCGGUCGUACACACAUUCUCCCCCCCGGUGUCCGGUCGCUCGGUCGGCUUGCUGCGGUAUAGUGUUAGUCCGUCCAGACGACAAGUUGUUCGGCUAAAACAGAGAGCAGAGCCCCUCCUCCUCCAGCACGGUGACAUCAGAGCGGAUUAGAGAUGCAGCAAGCGGAUGCUGACAUGAAGCAGACGCUCGUUUAGCUAAAGAGGGAAGCUUCACACUCGUCAUCAUAGCGCAGCGAUGGAUGAUCUACAGGAGCAGGACAGUCAGCAGUGUGUUGCCAGUCUGUGAGCUGGAGAGACACUCAGACGACAAACUUAAAGAAGAACUUAUCUUCUUUUAAAGAAAAAAAAAUUUAAAUAAAUGAACUCAAGAAGGGUCGCAAUGCUUUCAUUCUACCUUUUGGCUUUAGCUGCCGCCAUCCGAGCCCACACGGCAUUGUUGCCGGGUUCCUGCAACUUUGAGGCCGACACCUGCGGUUACACGUCAGAUGCAGACUUUACCACCUGGACCCUACACGAAGACGGACAUUUUGUUGCCGUAGAUUCUGUUUUGAACAACGACUCGGACAAAAGUACAGAUGUGACAGGUAUCUUGUUGAGUCCGGUUCUGGAGCAGAGCGAGUGGAGCUGCCUGAGGCUGGUCUACCAAAUCAGCGGCUCAGGAAGCCUGCAGGUCCUGCAGCGCUUGGAGGGACAGAGUUUUGACAGGCCGCUGUGGAGUAGCCAAGAACCGUCAGACAGCUGGGUGAUUGCAAGCAUGGACCUGCACAACAGGACUGAGCCUUCCAGGGUUGUCAUUGAAGGUAAACCUGGGCGGAUGGCUGGGAGCAGCGUGGCCAUAUUUGAGAUCCACAUCAGCCCCGGAUACUGCCUGGAGUGUGACUAUGAGGAAACUCACCUGUGUGGAUACAACAACCAGUGGAAUGCGAAUGUAAACUGGUACGUGGGAAGUGGUGGCGGGGGCCAGCUGCUUCACAACAAUCUGCCAGACGACCACACAAACAACAACAAGACAGGUCACUUUAUGUACGUGGACUCCAUCUACUCCAAAACGUUCAAAGAAGUGGCAAAACUGGUGUCUCCGAUGACCACCGUCCCCAUGUCUGGCUGCUUGACGUUUCACUAUCAGCGCACUGACGAAGGAGGGAACCUCUUCUCAGUUUACACUCGAGACCGACUGGGUCAGUACCAAGAGCUGUGGAGGGUGGAGCCAAGGAAUACAAGCGAGUUUAGCGGGACAAACAGAGAGUGGAUACCUGUGCAGGUGGACCUCAGGGCUCCUUACUCCGUGCAGGUGGUUUUCGAGGUGGCCUUCAAUAGCCCAAGAGGUGGGCACGUUGCACUUGAUGACAUUUCAUUUUCACCGGAGUUCUGCAGCUCUGACACAGAGCCAACCUUUGAUCCCUCCAUCGCCAACUGUGACUUUGAGUCAGGUUUCUGCCAGUACACCCAAGACCAAAAGAUGGGAUCGUUGUGGAGGAGGGUGUGUGUGAAGCCUAAUAUAUUUAGGAACGGGGACCACACAUCAGGAGCAGGCAAUUUCUUGUUGGCUCAUUCCCAGCUGGGCACAGAGUCCAGCUACAUGAGUCGCUUAGUGGGUCCCACACUGGCUGCCAACAUGAAGUACUGCCUAAGAUUUUACUUCACUCUCAGGGGUUUCAACCACUCGGACCAGGCCCUGGCAGUGUAUCUGCAACAGGGCAGCAGCCAGGAGAAGAUCUGGACCCAGGGGGAGAAGUCCAGAGGAAUAUGGAUAGCGACAGAUGUGACCUUCCACACAUCACAACCUGCCAAGGUGGUUUUCAUCAGCACCUGCAAGAGUCUGUGGGACUGUGGUUCAGUGGCACUGGAUGACAUCAGCAUGAGUCUGGGAGACUGUGAGCUGACAACAGGGAUGUCCUCAUCCCUCCCAGGAUGGUGUGACUUUGAAGCGGGUCUGUGUGGUUACACUCAGGACAAGCAGAGUGAUGCUGGCGACUGGGAGUGGAGGAGAGGACCUACUCCAACCUCAUUCACUGGACCCAGAGGAGACCACACGACCGGACUUGGAUACUACCUGUACAUGGAAGCAUCUCCCAUGCUUCCGAGCCAGACAGUCCGCCUGCUGUCCCGUCCUCUCAGGGGCUCGAGGGAGCCUCAGUGUCUGUGCUUCUACUACCACAUGUACGGCUCAGGAACGGGUCAGCUCAGCGUUCACCUGGAAAAAGACGGAGAAGAUGUUUUGUUAUGGCAACGAGGAGGCGAGCAGAGCGUCGCCUGGCUGAGGGCUGCGGUGGAGUACCGGAGCGACGGCCAACAUCAGAUUGUGUUUGAGGCAACGAGAGGUUCAUCAGUCAGGAGUGACAUUGCCAUUGAUGACAUCAUCUUGGAAAGCGAACCAUGUCCAGCAGCAGAGACGAAAGCCCCUGUGGAAACAUUCAACGAUAUCGAAUAGAGGCGAUCAACAGCAUCAGGCAGCAUGCAUGAACAGUUUUUUUGUUUGCACAUUUGAGGACUCUAAAGCUUUUAGACUGCACACUCAAGCACGCGGUCACAGUUUUGCAGAACAGUUUCCAUAGCCCACUAUUGUACUUUGUACUGUGCCAUAAUAAAAACAAAACUGCUAUGUUUAUUUUCACAUUUAUAUGCAUUAGAUUAAUGCCCAAUUAAAGCUACAGUUGUGAUUGUGGUAGAUUAGGAUUAUUAAUAGUAAUCAAAGAAAAGUCAAAGUUUGCAUCAGAUAAAAACGAAUAUAUACAGAUUUAUUCAAAUCACAUACACACACUGUACAUUCUAUGGAAAAACCUUUGCAAUUAAUAAAAACCUGAU